UCCGCUCGCCCGGCUCCCCGGCGUGCUGGGAGCUCUGGUCCCUGACGCCGGAAGCCCGCCGUAGUUGGAGGCCAGGGCCCCUUCCCUGCCUACCCGUCGCUUUCUGUGCUGCCCUGCACGGAGAGAUAGAGGCUGCGUUCCUGCUGCGCUGCUGCAUGUCCCACGCCCCGGCUGCUCCAGUGCUUCUUCCCAGUCCUUGCUCUGUAGCAGAAGCCAAGCCUGGUCCUUGGCCAACGGCCCUGCACUCACUUUAUCUCCUUUGACCCACAUUUGAUCUUCGCAGCGUGGAGCCAGGCAGACGUGCUCAGGCAUAGGCUGACAUGGGCUCCUGUGCGAUAGGCCUCCAUCCCUACCAGGCUCCCCGGGGCCGGCCUGCUCUCACUUCCGCCUUUAAUGGUGGGAAACUCCUGUCUUGUGUUUCUAGCCGUGGGAAGGAAUGGCUCGGAGCUAAUAAGCAGGGCUGUGAGGUUGUCUUUCUGCCUCUGCUCUCCUCCUGGGCUGGGGAGGCCAGCUGUCUCCCAUGGCAAACACGCAGGGCAGCAGGAGGUCGUGAAUUUGAAACUCCUGUCAUGCUCCCUCUGAUCAAACUUGCGCUGGUUACUCACUCGGACACCUCUGGAUCUUCCCCCUCGCUAGUAUGGUUUAGGCCUUGUUUUGGAGGAAAAGGCACUAGAAGAACUUCAUCCUGGGAUGUGUCACUGAGACCACCCCGAGCUGGGCAGGCAGUGUGGGAGGGACCUUGUGCAGGUGCCUUGACCCUCCCCCUUCUCCUGGCCAGCCUCCAAGUCUCUGAUGCUGGGCUGGCCUGGGCUGGUUUCCAACUACUGCUUAGGUGCAGGAAGUCUGGAGCUGUUGCUGUUUGCAGGGAUGCUUCUGCAUAAGUGCUAAUGAAUUACCCCUGAAAAGCACUUAAAAUUGUCAUCCCUGCUGUGCUGGGCUGCAGCUGAGGAGGGCUUGUGCCCUGUGCUCCCCCAUUCCUGCCUGGCCCCGUGGAUUGAGGGGUGAGCUCUCAAGAGUGCUGGGCUAGUGCGCUGACGCUGCUGGACUCUGCCCCAGGUCCACCUCCAGACGCAGCAGGAGGUGAAGAUGCGCAUGACCGGGAUGGCGCUGCGUGUGAUCCGCACUGACGGCUUCCUGGCUCUCUACAACGGGCUCAGCGCCUCGCUGUGCCGGCAGAUGACGUAUUCCUUGACCCGCUUUGCCAUCUAUGAGACUGUGAGGGACCACCUGGGCCAAGGCAAUAAGGGCCCUCCCCCCUUCUACCAGAAAGUGCUGCUGGGCGCAGUGGGAGGUUUCACUGGCGGGUUUGUGGGGACCCCAGCAGACAUGGUGAACGUCAGGAUGCAGAAUGACAUGAAGCAGCCGGCACACCUGAGACGGAACUAUUCCCAUGCCCUGGACGGCAUGUACCGUGUGCUCCGGGAAGAGGGCUUGAAGAAGCUAUUCUCAGGGGCUACAAUGGCGUCCAGUCGAGGGGCCCUAGUCACCGUUGGACAGCUCUCCUGCUAUGACCAGGCCAAGCAGCUGGUUCUCACCACCGGGUUGCUGUCAGACAACAUCUUCACUCACUUCCUGGCCAGCUUCAUCGCUGGUGGAUGUGCCACGUUCCUGUGUCAGCCCUUGGAUGUGCUCAAGACCCGUCUCAUGAACUCCCAGGGCGAGUAUCGGGGUGUUUCUCACUGUGCUGUGGAAACUGCCAAGCUUGGACCCCUGGCCUUCUACAAGGGCUUCGUUCCUGCGGCUAUCCGGCUCGUUCCUCACACCGUCCUCACCUUUGUCUUCCUGGAACAGCUGCGCAAAUAUUUUGGGAUCAAAGUGAUCACCUGAGCGGGAGGGACAGGACCCUGCCUCACCCUGUGGGCUUCUCCAGGGGAUGAGCAUGCGGGUUGCGACUGAGAUCCCAGAACUCUCCACUGUCUGGAGCCAGGCUGCCCCCCACCCCUUCAUCCCGUUCCCACGCCUCGCCAGCGCCUGUGGCUAGCUGGUCCC